UGCGCAAUCCUCCUCCCAUUUGUAUGUCUGUCCCAUUUGCUGAGGAUAUCGCUGGACUUUGUGUCGCCCUUACAGAUGUAAGCUUAUUCAAUCAAAUUUUUGUCCUUGAUCACAAUAAUGCGUGAAU